ACGACCUCGAGUUCCAAAACAUCUCAAACCCCAGCACCUGUCGCAUCUCUGAUCCCUCUUCGCAGGGUAAUUCUGCACAAUGCAUGACCCGUAUGAGGUUACAGACAGCACCGACUGGCUGCCUACGCCUCUAGCCGCACUUGCGCCACUCGACUCAUCAUUAAGAUGCCGGGUCUGCAAAGACUUCUUCACUACACCUAUGAUGACCAGUUGCUCUCACACAUUUUGCAGUCUUUGUAUACGAAGAUACUUGUCUCAGGAAGGCCGGUGUCCAGCAUGUCGAGAACCCGACCAAGAAGUCAAGCUGCGUCGAAAUUGGGUGGUGGAGGAACUGGUGGCUAAUUUCACUGCUUCACGAAAAGGUCUUUUCACUUUUGCAACAGCCGCGGCAGCGUCCAGAUCCGAAGCGCCGACAGCAGAUUCCGAGAGGCCUAAGAAGAGGAGGAGAGUGGUGACUGAGCCUACAAUCAACGGCGUGGAGAGACGGAACACACGCAGUCAAAGCAAGAGGGACGCCGAAGACGCAAGCCAGCAAAGUGCACCGUCUACUCAGGUCACUAUUGAGGAUAGCGAAGAAGGCAGCGUUUAUGAAGAUGAUGCUGAUGAUGCUCACAAGAGCCCACACUUCGAAGUCGAAAAUCAGGAGCCGAAUGAUGGACUGGUCGCGUGCCCAUGCUGCCACAGAAGGAUGAAGGAGACACUGAUCAAUACGCACCUGGACAAAUGUAUAGCAGGAGAGAGUACAACUCCGCUUGAGGGCGGAUCAUCGCCCGCCCCGCCUUCGAGAGCGCAAACCGUCACCCCCGUAACGAUGGCCUAUACUCAGCAAAAGCCGUUGAAACAGAACGACCGGUUACCGUUUAUAAACUACAAUCUCCUAGCGGAGAACGGAUUAAGGAAGAAGCUGCGAGAUCUUGGGAUUCCAAGUCACGGAUCGAAAGAACUGAUGCGGAAAAGACAUACUGAGUGGGUUAACCUCUGGAACGCCAAUUGCGAUUCUUCACGCCCCGUCACCAAGAGGCAACUCCUGUCGGACUUGAGGAUUUGGGAAGACACACUAGGCCGACAGAUGGAGAAGCCGCCCAAUAUUGGAUUCAUGGCUAAAGAUUUUGAUCGGGACUUGCAUGUCAAGAGCCAGAAGAACAAUUUUGAUGACUUGAUCAAGAAGGCCAGACAGAAGGUGACUGCCGUUACGGAGAAGGGACAAGACACAGUGCUGAAUGGAGCUGCUCCAGCUGUGUCGACUUCGGAAUCAGGACCAGUAUCAAUUCCAGGGGAAAUUGAUACAGCGGCAGCCAUCGCUGUCCAACAGCCAAAUCCAGAACCAGAACCUGCAGGAUCGGUAGCCACUGCGUCUGGCACCCCUGAUCAGCAGCAGGAUCAAGAUGAGAAGUUUGCGAAUACUGGCCCGCCAUCGUCUCUUGCCGAAGCCCCUACGCUACCGAAACAAGACUCUCGAGGGGUACAAAUGGAUUCUCUGGAGGUAGAUCAACAUCCCAGUACUGGUCGGUUUUUCACCUAG